GCGGGCCGGCCAUGGCAGCGGGGCACCCCGCGCUCCUCCCGUGCGCCCUGGCCUCGCUGCCCCUGGCGGCGCUCAACAUGCGAGUGCGCCGCCGCCUGGCGCUCUUCCUCAACGUGCCCACGCCCGUGGCGGCCGACUGGACGGUGCUGGCCGAGGAGAUGGGCUUCGAGUACCUGGAGAUCCGGCAGCUGGAGGCGCGCGCCAACCCCACGGGCAGCCUGCUGGAGGCCUGGCAGGGCCGCCCGGGCGCCUCGGUGGGCCGCCUGGUCGAGCUGCUCGCCAAGCUGGGCCGCUACGACGUGCUGGAGGAGCUGUUGCCCAGCAUCGAGGAGGACUGCAAAAAGUAUAUUAAGAAGCAGCAGGAGGAGGAGUCUGAGAAGCCCCUCCAGGUGCCCGCGGUGGGUAGCAGCAAUCCUCAGACAACAGAGCUGGCGGGCAUCACCACCCUGGACGACCCCCUGGGGCAAAUGCCUGAGUGUUUCGAUGCUUUCAUCUGCUACUGCCCCAGCGACAUCCAGUUUGUGCAUGAGAUGAUCCAGCAGCUGGAACAGACCAACUAUCGGCUGAAGCUGUGUGUGUCCGACCGCGAUGUCCUGCCUGGCACCUGUGUUUGGUCCAUCGCCAGCGAGCUCAUUGAGAAGAGGUGCCGCCGUAUGGUGGUGGUUGUCUCGGACGAUUACCUGCAAAGCAAGGAAUGUGACUUCCAGACCAAGUUUGCACUCAGCCUCUCUCCAGGCGCCCAUCAGAAGCGAUUGAUUCCCAUCAAGUACAAGCCCAUGAAGAAGGAGUUCCCCAGCAUCCUGCGCUUCAUCACCGUCUGCGACUACACCAACCCCUGCACCAAGUCCUGGUUCUGGACUCGCCUUGCCAAGGCCCUGUCCCUGCCCUGAAGCUGGCCCUGGGGCCCUGGGAGUGCGGGUGUAUCUGCCUGACGGGGUGGAGGGGCUCCUUCUCUUGCCUCUCAGCUCCCAGAGACCUGCACCUGCUGGCCCUCUCUGGGUGCCCUGCCCUACAACCUGUGUGUCCCGUGACUGUGAAAAGCAUGUCCACUUGCUGAUCCCAGGACAGUGAAAACAGUGCCAGCCGGGAUGAGGAAGACGACAGUGGGACUCCGUGUCUCUACCUAAGGACUAAGUAAGAUGAAGAGAAACUGCAAGUGCUCUGUUCAGCUCACCGUGGAGAGUGGGCCUGUCACUGUCCUGAGGGUACCAGCCUUGGCCAAGGACGAGCUGGCUCAUAAACCAGGUGCUGGCCAUCUCUGGCACAGGGCGCUGCCAGACAGCUGCCGCCACAGUGGUACCUUGCGAUGCCCUUGCCCACCUCACCUCUCUUUCCCCCCUGUCUGCUGGCCCAGCCUGGGGGAAGCCCAUUAGGAGUGUGACUCUCCAGUGGGUCCAGCUCACACCUGCCUCUGACUCCUCCCAGACUCUCCCCGCUGUUCAGGGAGUCCCAAGAGAUUGGCCUGAGAUUUUCGCUUUCUCCUCUAGAGAUGUCUGUGGCCACGUGCCAGGCUCUGCCAGACCUAAGGUGGACUCCAGCCUCUGGCACAGCCAGCAAGUUUGACUGACCUCCUCCUCAGGCUGCCCACAGAGCAUUCCCACCUCCACGGCUUUACAGAGUUGUUUGCAGUGACUGCACAUGAGCCUGCCAAAGCUUGUGGGUUGACAGACACAGUCACACAGACAGGAGUGCGGGCAUGUGCGCGCGCACACACACACACACACACACACACACACACACACGGCAUGGCUGUCUGGGAAAGGACACACACAUACAUAUACACACAAAAACACACACACACACGGCAUGGCUGUCUGGGAAAGCCCCCCCACACACACACGUGGGAAAGGACACACACACACGUGGGAAAGGACACACACACACACACACACACACACACACACGGCAUGGCUGUCUGGGAAAGGCCUCCCCAAUGCAGGGGCUAGCCCAGGAUGCAAGACGGGGCACUCCUUCCUCUCUUUGCUUUUCCCUCUCCUCUCUAAAACUCUGGAGAGGCCCCAAUGUGCUACAUUUAAGCAAGUUAACCACAGGCAGAGCUGUUUUCACUCCAAAGGGGACUUGGAUACUCCCUGCAAGUUCUCCUUGAGGGAGAAAAUGUCAUAGUUUCAGGGGUUUGUGUUCCUGAGCAGACCCCAGGACCCAAAAUCUCACUGGAAGUGUCUGCACCUACAGUCAGGCUGGGGCGGGUGUGGGCCCCCCUGUCAGGGCCUUGGGCGGGACCCUCGCUGCUGCUUGGUUCUGAGGCACUCAGCUCUCAGGCUGCCCUGCUGUGCUGCUGGAAAGUGUUUUUCCCCAAGUCCCAAAAUGUCUUUCACACCUGUUUUGUUUGGGUUCCUAGAGGCACUGAUUGGUCAUGCCUCCCUCUGUAUCCUGGGUUUUGUUUUGUUUUUUAAUAAAGAAUUAUCUACUUUG